AUGGAUUUGGAUGCGUUUCGGAUGAUUUUGUCGAAUUUGAGAGUGAACGUAUGGGAGUUAAUCGAAACAGCAAUCACUGUGGCUUCGUUGGACUACGGGCACCAGUUGAAGGAUCGAAGGAACAGAAUCAUGGAACGACUCUACACAACAACGAGCUCUGAUUUGCAGUGCCAGAACUGCGACGUUGAUCUCCAGAGACCCAACAGUUCUGAAGAGUCCCAGGUUGAAUUGCUUCAAAGCCUUGCAGAUAUGGAUAUAACAUUCAAAGCACUCAAGGAAGCUGAUAUUGGGAGGCAUGUGAAUCGUUUGCGGAAGAAUCCAUCAAAUGAUGUGCGGAGAUUAGUUAAACAACUCGUCAGAAAAUGGAAAGAUUUGGUUGAUGAAUAG